AUGGCUCCGGACAACACCGUAAACUUUUCAGGAAACAAUAAUCAGGGAUUCCAAACUCGGAGUCAACCAGGGGACAAUUUCAAGGAGGCAAAUGACAAAUGCUUAAACGACCUGCGCCUGACCAACCCCCGCGAUGAUAAAGAGCGGAUCAAGAACACCAAAGGCGGCCUCCUGGAGGGCUCGUACAAAUGGAUCCUCGGCCACCCGGACUUCCAACGAUGGCGCAAUGACGACAAAAGUCGGCUGCUCUGGGUCGAGGGCGAUCCAGGCAAGGGAAAGGCCAUGCUACUUAUCGGAAUAAGCCCGGGCCGAGCUGUGAGCAGAUGA